AUGGAACGGAUCUAUGAUGCAAAGAUAUGUCCUGUAAAGAACACACUAGCCUACACUGAGUACCUUCUUGCUGGGGAGGUCGUGCACUGGUGGUCCAUCCUGAAGAUGAUGUUGGAGGAUAGCAGGGAACCAAUUACUUGGGAUCUAUUCAAGAAAAAAUUUUAUGUUGAGUACUUCCCUAAUAGUGUGAGGUAUGCAAAGGAGGUUGAGUUCUUGCAACUGAUGCAAGGAGGCAUGUCAGUAUCUGAGUACGCGAAGAAGUUCAAACACUUGGGAAGAUUUCACACCCUGAGGAUGGUAGAGGAUUGGAAAUGUAGAAAGUUUGAGAAUGGGUUGAGAGGCGAUCUUAAACUUAUGGUGGCCCCACUCUCUAUCACGGUGUUCCCUGCUUUGGUAGAGAAAGCAAGGGUAAUGGAGAUGUUAAAAGCUGAAGUUGAAGCUCAGCAACGGUCUCAACAGAAGGAGGGCUACUUCUUCAGAGAUUGCCCCACUGGUAGGAGCGUAGUGCCAAGGCCUCCAACACAGUCUCAACCACAACAGAUAAGGGGAAGUGCAAGACCUCAGGCAGUUGGUCGAGUGUAUGCCAUGACGGGUGCAGAGGCGACUGGAUCAGGUAACCUCAUCAUCAGGUCUUCUGUGAUUGCUGGUAGGAACUUGAAUGUCUUAUAUGAUUCUAGAGCGACACACUCCUUUAUGUCAGAAUCUAAAGUGGUAGAGUUGGGUUUUACGAUGAGGGAACUCCAGUAUGACCUGGUGGUGUCCAUGCCUGCUUCUGGGAUGGUCAAAACCUUGACAAUGUGUGUUAGGUGUUUGAUCUAG